AUGUCCACGAAUGCAACGAGAAAUGACCGAGAAAAGCUUGGCGAGCUACGGGCCGGGGUAAUAGGUCUUGGCAAGUUUGGAAUGUUCCACGCGAACAAAUAUGCCGCCAUGCUCGAUGCUACACUCGUUGCUGUGGUCGACACAUCCGGUGAAGUAGCAAAAAGGGCUGCCGCGAAAUUCAACUGCCUUGCUCUGACAGAUUACAGAGAUCUUGUCGGAAAAGUCGACAUUGUAUCUGUGACUAGUCCAGCAACGGCGCAUGUAAAUGCCGCCAUCUUUUGUCUCAGAAAUGGCAUCGACGUCUACCUCGAGAAACCUCUUUCUGCAAACCUUGCUGACGCUAGACGCAUAAUUGAUGCAGCUGCAGACAAUGACCGAAUUCUCCAGGUCGGACAUCAAGAGCGGUUUCUUACUUCUCAUCUGUGGGCUGGAGCAAUUGAUGUACCGACCUCGAUCCAGUGUCGUCGCACCAGCACUGAAGACGGACGCUGCAAUGACGUUCACGUCGCUUUGGAUCUCAUGGUUCACGAUAUAGACCUAGUUCUCCAAUUAAUACCAGGAACCAUCAAGCUUGUAUUCGCUUCCGGUUCCAGAGAUACAAUCUCGGCCAUGGUCGAAUUUGGGGGAGUCCCCGUCAAAUUUUACGCAAGCCGAAUAGCCGUGAAGCAAGAGCGUUGGACCAAAGUCGAGUAUGGCCAAGGCAAUCUGUUUCUCGACUUUCUAGCUGGACGCUUCACCGACUCGAGAAAAUUACCUUUCCGAAAUCUCCAUAGCGGUGCUGGCCAUCUCGAUGGUGGUGGCACCUUGAAAAAUGAUCCCCUCAAAACAGCACUCGAAAGUUUUGUCACGAGUGUGCGGACGGGAAUGACCCCGUUGGUAUCCGCGCGCGACGGGUAUCGUGCCCUCUCAAUUGCCUUGGACAUUAUUACAGCAUCUUUAUCGGCUACAACACCGGAUGCUCAAGAGCAGGAGGCCAAAAGACAUGUGGCCACCGACGCGAUAGUGGCUCAGCCAACCGACAGCAUCAGCCUAUUCAACAUUAAUUUGGCUUCGCCUGACCAUCGAGCCGAUGCUGAACGCCGAAUUCGCAUGGUACUUCAUCAUUUACAGUACAUAGAUGGUCCAGAAGUCAAGGAUCUGGAACGUGAACUCGCUGCGUACGCAGGCGUAAACUACUGUUUGACAGCAUCCAGUGGUACUACGGCUUUGAUGAUUGCGCUGCUCGGUGAGGAUCUCACCACCGACGAUGCUGUGUUCCUGCCCGCCAACACAUAUAUGGCAACCUGCAAUGCGGUAAUAUUGGCCGGCGCUACACCCGUUUUUACGGAUGUUAGCCGUGAAACACGCAACAUGUCUGCGCGCGAGCUACGACGCGCGAUUGACCAAGUACAGCGUCAAGGCAAGCUCACUCCUCGUGUGGUGCUCGCCGUCGAUUACUAUGGUUUACCAGCACCCUACCAUGAUUUGUUACCGUUGGCAGACGAGUUCAGCAUGACUCUCAUCGCGGACGCCGCGCAAUCUUUCGGUGGCUCACAAAGCGGCAAGAGGGUUGGAGCUUUGGCCCCUGUGACGGCUACUAGCUUUUUCCCGACAAAAUCACUCGGCGCUUUUGGAGACGGCGGUGCGUUGUUCACCGAUGACCCUGAGUUGUUUGAGAAGUGGAAGUCAAUCAGAUGGCAUGGCACAGACAGUACCAAGGAGCAAAGCAUCCGCGUAGGACUCAACGGGCGGCUUGGCUCUAUCCAAUGCGCGGUGCUCCUCGGCAAGUUGACAAACUUUGACAAAGAGGUCCAGCAUCGAAAAGCAGUUGCACUUCGCUACCGAGCACAAUUGGAAGGAGUCGUUGGGCUUCCAUGCUCGCGUGCCGCUUGGGACGACCACGCCUGGGGCUUGUUCACGAUUACGCUCGAGAACAAGGCGCAGCGAGAAGACGUCCAAGAAGCGCUGCGCUCUUGCGGAAUACAGUCCAAAGUCUAUCCAGCGCUUCCUCUGCACCGACAAAAGGCUUUCCAAAAAUAUUUACUCGACGACUGCCAGCGACUGGAAAAUACGGACUGGCUUGCGGAACGUGUGCUGAGCCUGCCGCUUCAUCCUCUGUUGGAGCUGUGUGAAGUGGACAGAGUGAGUCGGGCUGUCUCGCGCGCUAUCACGUCUGUCAAGAAUCAAUGUACAGAGCGGCCAAUGUAG